AUGUUCGGAUACCGUGAACCGUGUUCCGGGGGUACGUCCGCGACGACGACUGUGUUGCGUACCGCGGUAACGGCGCUCGCGGCAGUAGCGGUGCGUACAACACUGGCGCCGUGUGAAUACGUGUGUGCACGAACGCCGGUCGUGUGCGCGCUGCGUCGCCGGGCCCUGCGUUGCGGUGCCGGCGGCGUCAUGCGCGAUCCGCACUUGCGCGUGCGCCCGUCCGCCUAUCGCGCUCGCCCACUCGCCCGUCCCGCCGGCCACGGGGGCCCGUCCGUCGCGCCCGUCGCCGAACGCGGCGUACGGUCCCUGCGCCCCGCACCGCCGGACCGUCCCCGCCGCCCAUCACCCGCCACCGCCGCCACCGCUGCCACCGCCGCCGCCGCCGCGACGUUUUCGCCGCGCUCGCCCGCGCCCGCGCGCCGCGGCACCGUCCGUCGGCGACCGGCGGCGCGGCGACGGAGCCCAGUGCCCGAGCGCGCAACAGACUCGCGUCGCGUUAACGCGCCCGACGCCGACGGACGGACGCUGAAUCAUCGUCGUCCGUCCGUCCGCGCGGGGCUCGGAAUUCGCGGAGCUCGGAACGAGAAAAAAACCGAACCUUUGAUAUUGCACGCGCGCGAAAAACAAAAACGCCGAAAUAAAUGCGGCCGUCGGCGCAUAAAACGAAAUUGA